ACGCUUCAGAUUCAUGAGUGCGGAAGUUGUUAUGUGCUGUGUAAAUUCACACGUGGAUUCAAUGUAGUGAGUGUGUACACAUCUAAAUAUGGCUCAAACACAAAGCAACAUUAAGAAAACUUCUUCAAGAGAUUUAAUCUCCUGUGGCACUGGAAAAGGAAUCCACGAGAAACUUCUAUUGAAGCCUAAAAGUGCUCCUUCACUGCAGACGCAGAGGGUGCCCAGACCUAGUGUUUUGGACAGAUUGCACAGUUUCAUUCCCCAAAUCGCCCAAGCCAAUGAAUCUUUGAGACAUCAGAUGGAAGAAACCCCUGCUGGUUAUUUCGACAUUGAGAGUGUGGAGGACGCAGAGAAAGUCAUUGAAAUGGAUGUGGCUCUUAUUGAGCUGGAGAACUCAGACAGCAGUGAUGAAGAUGACUUGUCUUCGUCGUCGUCGUCAUCAUCAUCUGAAGAAGACGGCUCGGAGGAAGAUGUGACCACUAUAGAGAAACUUAUACUACCUGGAGACAGGAAGAGAAAGGCCAACAUCCAGGUGCUGGAGAAAGAGAGUGAGUGAGAGAGAGA